AAUCUUAGCAGUUGCACUUUUCUUCUAUAGAACUGUCAUUAUGUCACCAUAUAAAAAAAAUUUAAAAUGUCUAAAUUCGAAAUGAAAAAUUAAUUAUGGAGAAACUAUUUUUAUUUGAAAUAAUUAUUGAAACCAUUAAUUUCAAACUGAAUCCUGCGCCACAUAGAGAUGAUAUAAUAAUUUAUAUUUCUCUUGGAGAUAUUUUCUUCUUAAAAAGUUUUUACAGUGCCUUUUCGCAGCUGGAAGUUCAACAAAUACCAACUACCCCUACUAUAGAAUACAAUACUGGUAAAUCUUACAUAUUUACCUAUCCUGUUGAAAAAUUUCGGAAUGUAUUAAAAGAAAAUCCAUUACUUCUAACCUUUUACGAAGAGAAUUCAGCCGUAGGAUUUGCGGCCCUCCCGUGGCAUGACGCGUUUAUUUAUAUGGUGGAUGAAAACAUUACCUAUUCAACUAUAAAUUCACCACCAGUUUGUUAUACCGAUGAAGUCGAUAUAAUGAGAGGUUCAAAAAGAAUAGGCACAACACACGUUUUCGUUCGACUGACUUGCUUUGGGAAAUCUCUAUCAACACUUUUUCAAGUUGCCGAGGUCCCUAAUACACUACAAGCAAGACAAUUUUUCUUUAGGGGAAUGGGAAGAGAAAUCGUCUUCCAAGCACAAAGAUAUGGCUUGGGAGCAUCUUCAGAAAUUAUACCUGUAGCACCUUUGUUUAAUUCACCCCAUGGCGUCGGCGAUGAAGAUUCUUUUGAAACAGUUUUGAACGAAUCUAAAGCAUCGCAAUUUUCUUACUUUAAGGGUAACAGAAAAUCGGUCGGCGGUGUUGAUAGAUAUAAUAUUCAGAACUUAACUAUGAAAGAUUUUCAAAACUGUUUAUGUAAAAAUCCUGACUGUCCUGGUAAUGCUAGCUUUAGACAGUUCGGGUUAGAUAUAUUAAAACAAAAUAAAAGAAAAAGAAUUACUCGAUCCUCUGACGACGACAUUCCUAUCGAUCAUGGACUUACUCAUGUUACCGGGAGUAUUGAGGGUUAUGGUCCUUGUAGCUCAUAUAGGAGACCAAAGCAACUGCAACAGUCAUUUAUUCCCAAAGAUGCAAAUAAGCAUAAAUGCUUACGAGGUGGUAGCCCUUUACGUUUGAAGGGAGGUGGUAACGAAAAAAUUGAAUUUAAAGAACGUAAACCUUUUAAUUUUGAACAGUUAGCGUCUUUUGGUUUGGAAGAUCCAGCAACUACAUGUAAAAGUUUAUUAAACGAAUUUGAUAAGUGUAUAGAAUCUUUUAAAGAUACAAUUGGUCCUUGUAAAACGGCAACCUGUUCAUAUGCUCCUAACGUAUUUCAAAAAAAGUGCAUAUGUCCAAGUUCGAUUCGAAAUCGCAUGUUAAAUUCAGGUAAUAGCCAGGAAUCUCUUACAUUUGAAAUAGAUGAGCCUCAAAAACCUAUAUGCAAGAAAAAAUCAGAAAAUCAGGAGCCAACGACUAAGGCAUCGGAUCCUGAAUUUUCUGUUCCGAAAGUGUCUACUAGUAGGGAAUCUCAAUGUGAUCCAUGUAAAAUUAUACAAGAAUGCAUGGCAUCCACGCCAGAUAAAUCUCAGGAGAAUGAUAAUGCCGUUAUAAAUUCAAACGUUUAUACUGAAAAGGUAUCGGCAUGUGGUAUUCCAAAUUGUCCUCAUUCGAGAUUGGUUUGUACUAAGGUUGACAAAAAUUUUAAAUCACGACAAAUAAAGCCAGCAUGCGGUUCGGUCAAUUGUCCUUUUGCGAAACAAAUCAUUGGAACUGCUAAUGAGGAUGACAUGCUUUCCCUUCAAUAUUUAAGCUUAAAACCUGAAGCAACUUGUGGAAAAUAUACAAGUCCAUACAAAGUUCCAAAUGAGGUUCCACUCCCACCAAUUCAUUGGGAUUGUCCAGAGCCGUUGCCUGAGGGUAAUUGUAGAAAUCCAGAUUGUCCUUUUUUGCCUGAAAUUUUAAGAAAACUGAAACCUAAAAGUAUUAUUGAUGAAAUUUUAAAAAGUGACAUCAAGGAAUCAUGUGGAAAUCCAUGUUGUCCGUACUGUUGUUAUCCACCAACACCCCCCUGUGGAAAUCCAGCGUGUCCUUGUUGCGUUUCUCCGCCUCUUUGCAACUCUCCACCUCCUUCACCAUGUAAAGUACAGUCUCCUGCUCCGUAUCAGCCACCCCCACCACUCGCGUAUAAGAUGGGAAAGCCAUGUGGUUGCAAUCUAGAAGCACGGGCUUCACCCCCUCCGUGCGGCAAUCCUCUUUGUCCAAAUAAUAAUUCCAAUCAGUUAGAAAAUUCUAAAAUAACAUGCCCGAAUAUAGAAUGUCCCAAUAAAUCUGAUAAUGAAUCGGAGCAACCAGAAGUAACUUUACCACCUAAAGUGUAUGACGAUGAAAUACCAUGUCAACCACGCCAAAAUGCAAGUGGUGCUUAUGACCCAUGCAGAAACCCCAAUUGUCGAUUUGCAAAAGUUGACAACGUCUGUAUUAAUCCUAAAUGUGUUUACAACAAAACGGCCAUUGAAGAUACCUGGUGUGGAGAUACUGCAUGUUACUUAGACAGUAAAUAUUUUGAAAAAGGCGAAGAAGAUUUUUGUAAACAACUAAUCUGUCCCCGUAUUUCAUUUACGGGAUUCUUGUACAAAUAACUAUCUUAUCUUUAACUUUUACAUAACAUGAUCAUUUCAAAAAUUUAAUUAAACAACUAAAUCUAACUAAAAUAGAUUAUGUAUAAGUAU